AUGUACGCCUCAACCACCGUCGCCUCCUUCCUCGCCCUGGCCGGGCUCUCGGUCGCCGCGCCAGUCACCGACAACAGCAACGCCGCCGCAGCCAAGCGGUUCGCCGGCGGCUGGUGCACCCUGCACAUCCAUGAGGUCGCCAAGGGUGGCGACAACAACGGCCACAAGGCGCAGAUCACAAUCUACGACGCCAACGGGUUCCAGAUGUGGACCGACGAGCAGUCGAACGACGACGGCAACGUCAUCAUCUUCAAGAGCCAGAACCUCCCCAAGGAGCUGGACGUCAGCGUCAACUUCCCCGCCGACAAGGGCAAGGACGAGGUGAGCUUCAUCUACGGAGACACGACCUUCGGGAGUGGCAAGGCCAAGUCGCAGAAUGCCCACUGCAAGGUCGGGCAAUGGGACCUUACCAGUACCUUCUCGGACAGGAGCACUCUUGACAUGGACGGUGGCUUCACCUGCUGA